UUCAGUGACGUGUCCGACGCCGGCGCGACUCGUCGGAUCCCGUCGACAGUGGCCAGAAACGUGCUCGAGUUUUCCCCGUAACCAGACGAGUUAGGGCCACGAGCGCGCGUAAACAACGCGCCCGGGUCGUGCACAGAUCCGCGCCGCAAAUGAAUCGUUCGAGGAACUGCGCUCCCACCGAACGAGUGGCACGUCGCGACCGCGGACGGAGAUCCCGCGGCUCGGCACGGCUCGGUGCUGCGGGCCGCGUUGUACAUCGGCACUCGACGUCGUCGUAGCGACAAAGGAGAGACUCCCGAAAACUGCUUUGUCGCAGAGAUUUAUUUUUGCAGUCGGAAUCGCUAUAUUCUCUUGUGUGCAACGCGAAUCUUAAAAUAGACCGACGACGGCGGUCGCGGCGGUGACGGCGACGACGACGACGGCGCGGGUAGCGUACGCGAUAUAUUUUCCGCGCGCUGACGAUCACGUCAAGCGAGAGGAGCAUGAGUUUUGAGGUUACCACGUCUCUGGGUGGCGGCCACAGCUGAUCUCUCUCUCUCUCUCUCUCUCUCUUUCAUCCUGAAAACGCCGCUCGGGUCUCACGAUCCGCGAGGACCCGCGAGGACGUGGACGGGGAUGAAGAUGGACACCCCCUGCGAGAUAAUCGACGAGGCCCAGCAGUCGCUGGUCAAGCGAAUUUAUUACUCGGCGAGGGACGGAAUGUCGAUCGCGCUGUACACCCUGCUGAUCGAGAAGUCCGACGCCGAGAUCGCUCACCUGAUUAACCAGAAAGUCUUGGAAGACGAUGGACAACGAUGUACACCUUUAAUAAUCGCCGCCCGUUACGGGCAUGACAAAGUAGUCAGAAUGUUGCUUGACAAGUUCAAGCCUGACUUGGAGCAGGAAGGAACGGUGAAGUACAACGGAUAUGUUAUCGAAGGAGCCAGUGCGCUUUGGGCCGCGGCAGGUGCGGGACACUUGAACGUUCUUAAAACUCUCGUGAAGGCAGGAGCGAACGUCAAUCAUCCAACGAAGACUAAUUCCACGCCGCUUCGAGCGGCGUGUUUUAACGGACGUUUGGACAUUGUCAAAUACUUGAUCUACCAUCAGGCGGACAUAAAUAUUCCCAAUAUAUUUAACAACACUUGCCUCAUGAUAGCAGCGUACAAGGGACACCUGGAUAUUGUUAAUUUUCUAUUGGACAAGUCGGCGGAUCCGAACAAGAAGGCGUACUGCGGAGCGACGGCGUUGCACUUCGCCGCCGAGAGCGGACACAAGGCCAUCGUGUGCGAGCUGCUCAAGUCCGGGGCGCAAAUGUCGAAGAACGUGAGCGGCAUGACACCUUUAAUAAUGGCUGCCGAGCGGACGCGCGAGGAGGUCGUUGAGUAUCUAGUGAAAAGGAAAGAAGUGACGAAGGAGGAGAUAAUAGACGCUUACGAGCUACUUGGAGCGUCAUACGCUAAUGACAAAGAUAAUUAUAGUUUGAAUAAGGCGUACACGUAUCUGUGGAAGGCAAUGAAAUUAAGGUAUAGUGACACUGAUAAUAUCAUACGUAAGACAUUAGGCUCGCCUGUGAAAGCGUAUGAGAACUGGAAGGAAUCCGAAACGUUGGAAAAAUUAGAAAGUAUCAAAUUCAAUCCCAACGCACUGCACAUGGAGUCGCUCGCUAUUCGGGAGAGAAUAUUAGGUGUUCAUAAUCCAGAACUGCCACAUCCCAUAGUGUACCGGGGCGCUAUAUUUGCGGACAACGCCAGAUUCGACCGAUGUAUAGAUCUGUGGUUGCACGCUUUGAAGCUGAGGCAACUCAAUGAUAUAUCGAUUGUGACGGAUCUUCUUCGAUUUGCGCAAGUCUUCUCGCAAAUGAUACACGUGGGCGUCGAUCUGGAUAUUUCUCAAGUAUUAAAUGUUUUGGAGACAAGCGUGACAGAACUGAAUAGGAACAAGGCCAAAAUCCAGAAUCCAGAUUCCAAGGAUGACAUCGAUCAGUGCGUUGAAGAGAUGGAAUCGAAUAUCACAACGACUCUGUACAUUCUAACGAUUCUGACAAAACUGAUGACUCUCAACGAAAACAGAUGUGACGAAUCUGAUAUCACGCAGGCACAUCAUCUGGUCCACAAAUUGUGCGCGUUGCGGGUGUGCUUGAAAGACGGGCAGACUCUACUACAUCUCGCUGUGAAUGCCGAAACUCCCGUCGACGAUUUUCAUACCAACGAUGUCUGCAAAUUUCCAUGUGCAGCUACAGCACGAUUAUUGAUUCGUUGCGGCGCCGACAUAAAUGCGAUGGAUAACGAAAGAAAUACGCCGCUCCACAUUAUUGUCGGUUACAGUAAAGCAAUUAGUGACUUUGCGACCUUACAUUCUGUUAUAAUAGAUCUUAUAGAAGCUGGAGCGCAUAUGGAUACUGUAAAUAAUAGAGGGCACACCCCGUACGAUGCGGUCACCACGGGUGUGGCUAAAAUAAUAUUACGUACUCAGACCAAAUUGUCCUUAACGUGUAUGGCGGCUAAAGCAAUUAAGACGUAUGAUUUGGCCUAUCGUGGUAACGUUCCACGUUCACUCGAAAGCUUUAUAGAACUUCACGGGCCUGGAUUUAAUCAGAGUUGAUAAGCCUUUUAAUCGUUAUCGCGAGGAAUCGAGGUUGUUUUGUACAAAGUAUAUAAAUACUCAAUAAUAUUUUUGUAUAAAAAAAAAAUAUGCUGAAUAUUCGAAUAAUCUAAAAUUCUAUACAUCAUAUGUAAUUUGAUAUAUCCUAUAUAAAAUCAGAAUUUUCCAGAUCUUCCAGUGAAAGUUGAGCGAUUUUCAUAAAAUUGUAUAAAAAUUAAUCGCGCGAAAGUUACUUUUUACGAUAUUGUAAGAUUGGUAACUCUUUAUUCAACGAUACACUGUACUGUGAGAUAUUUGUGAAUUGUCUUUUUGUAUUUAAACUUGUACUUUAUAUAGACGGUAAGUGUAGUAUUGCUACAAUAGCGUUACUGCAUAAUAAAAUAUUGAAAUAAUUAGCGGCCAUUGUGCAGUUAACUUAUGCUGUCAUUUUCAUAUUCGAUUUUAAUUGUAUUACUGUGAUAAAUAAAAUCAAAUUAAAUAAACUUUUCACGUUAAAAACAAGGCAAAUUGUGAGUUCAGACGUUUUCCACGCAUUGUAUCGAUUACGUGCCAUUUCGUUUUUCUUAUCCGAAGAUGCCUGCUGCAACACGAUCCGGAGAGGCGUGAAAUGUACGCUCGUUAUAUUGCCAUAUUAAAUUUAUUUAAUAUUUACACACGCAUUCUGUAUACAAUCGUGAGAAACUAGGAAAAUAAUAGCAAAAUAUAUAAGAAUAUACAUUAUGACGCAUGAUACUUUACAAUAUAUUAUUUACAGUGUUUACAGACGUCCGUUCGUCUUAUCUAUUUUACACAUUAUACAACGGCGCUCGCUUAUCGAUAACACUUCUGUACAAAUAUACACGUGUUCAAAAUCUUUUGGCAAAAAGAAAAGAAAGAAAAAUAAAUAGAAUAAUCCUUAA